GCUAGCUUGCUAGCUGGACGAUGAGGGGAGCAGCAGGAGCAGCGGGAGCAGAGAGGAGUGUGGCCGGCUAGUUCUCCUCACAUGGCCGCAGUGUCGGUGAGAUGUCCGUGUGUGUGGCUGCUGCUGUGGCUCUGCGUCCGGCUGUCCGACACCGAAAACUCCCGCCGGGUCUCUAUGGACGAUGACGUCCUGCUGCCGUACGCCAGCGGCCACGGGCCCGCCCACUCUCACCGCCACGUCAGAGACUGUCAGCCCAUCAUUCACGGCAACACCACCCACGAGAGCUGGCCCUCCAGUAACCACAGCGGGCUGCCGGUGGCCGAGUCCACGGCGUUUGUUUCAGCCGUGGCGGAAAGCUCCAGAUGGGUUUACGGUCACAUGACGGUAGUGCACGACCCGCUGAGGGCGCUCUCUGUGUUGGAACCGAAGGGGCCGGGUGGCUGCGGGAUGAACCAGAGGGCGUCUGUAGAGGAGACGGCCGAGGCCGCCGGGUGUCUGUUCGCCCAGAACGCCGGCUUCUUCAACACGAAGACGGCCCAGUGUCUGGGCAACGUGGUGAGCGACGGGCGGAUGGUGCAGAGCAGCGGCGGGCUGCAGAACGCACAGUUUGGAAUCAGGAGGGACGGCACUCUGGUGUUCGGGUGAGAGACUCUGUGACACUGACGCAACAACAAUGUUAAAGGGCCAGUUUGCCCAAACUGUAAGUAACAUGUCUUUAUCCCUGUUCACACGGCACUAAUGUUACCGCAGGAGCUCAGGGGAUUUAGAAAAUUAAAUUUGUGUGACAUAUUUACAUCAGUUUAACGAAACGGAACCGAUUCGGCCACACGCUGGGCCUCAUGCAGCAACAUUCUCUUAAAUUUCUCAUCAUUACUUUUCUUGUUGGAGAAAAAAUAAGAAAAGUCAACUCAAGAUGCAGCAAAUGCUCUGAACCACACAAAUCUGCUCUGACCAGGUGUGUUCAUGAUCAAUCCCACUGAUCGUCAGUCACCUGUCGGCACAGGUGACGCCCCCUAAACAUUAUAUAAGGACAGGUUUAGUGCCGUGUGUAAAGACUCUGACACAUGAACGAGACUGCAGACAUGACGCCGAAGAAGGCUGAAAGAAGACGAACAAAAUCAAACCUUUCUCAGCUUUCAAAGUUUGAAUUCUAGUGAGAAAACUGAUGUCGAUGGAGGUGUUAAAGGGUUAAAUGCUGCUCACUGACUCUUUGAAAUACUUCUUAUCCCUUGAAACCCUCUGCAGGGAUGGGCCUGGAUAUUAAUAAUGCAGCUGUAACAUCAACAAUCAACCAAACAAACACACUUUCUCUCACAUUUUAUCCAUAGCAGCCAUAAAAAGUACAUUUAACCUGCUGUUUGAUACCUGAGUUCAGGCACCUCCAGACUUCCUGCGUGAUGCAACACGCUGUGGGGCUUUUUAAGGUCCAACACCCUCAGAUAAACACACACACACACACACACACACACACACACACACACACACACACACACAGCAAAACAAAAACUUAGUACAGCCAGUCUUUGUCCUGUUUUGGUCCAUCUGUGUGAAACGUGUCAGUCAGGCUAAUAACAAACUAAAACCUUUAAAUUUGAAAUGAAAAUAUUGCUUCAUCCACAAAAUGUGCCCUUUGUCCCACUGUGAUGUAACAGCUGAGCUUUAUUUACACCUGCGGCUGAAAGUGACCCAUUCACACGAGGCACUCAACAGAUAGAAAUCUGCUAGAAAUCAGAUUUCUGCAGAUGCAUCUUUAUAUAAAGCACCUUUUUUACUGCUCAAAAAACCCUGCACACACCCGCUAACAUCUGGCUUUUUUAUUUAAUGGUAAAGGUUACAAUCAGCAUUCAUU